AUACAUUUUAUUUUUAUAAAAAAAGAAUUUGUAUUUAAUUAGAUAUAUAUAUAUAUCACUAAUGAUAACGUAAAUAUAUAUUUUUUUCGGUAUUAAACGAUCGCUAUUUUCAUAAAUUAUGUAAUUAAACUGCAGUUCCACCAACGUAAAAACUAAAAACAGCUGUUGAUUAUGGAAUGGAAACAAACGUCAAAAAUGUCAAGAGAUAUCCACUGUUUGAAAUAAUUAUUAAAAGGUAUUUUUAAAAUAAAAUCAAAUAUAUAUAAUGAGCAUUGAAAUGUGGAAUACUAGUACCAGUAAAAGUGUAGAUAGUGAAAGUAUUGAUAUAACCGAUCAAGAGAAGGAAGUAAGUAAUUUUAUAUAUACUACAAAAAAUGAGCUAGAACCAAUUGAGAGUGAAGAAAACGCAGAAUUUUGGAAAAAUAAUACUGAAGUAGCGGAUUUCGACGAUGAUCUUGAAAACAUUAAUAUAGCAAGUUUUUUUCAUAGAGUUGAUAGUGAUCAAAUUAUAUAUCAAAAAAAGAAACGUAAACUUAAACUUGUGGGGAAAUACGUGAUGGGGGAUUUGCUCGGAGAAGGAUCGUACGGGAAAGUGAAAGAAAUGUUGGACUCUGAAACGUUAUGCCGAAGGGCUGUUAAAAUUUUAAAACAAAAAAAAUUACGGAGGAUACCGAACGGCGAACAAAAUGUACAAAGGGAAAUAAUAUUACUUCGUAAGCUCAAACAUAAGAAUUUAAUAAACCUAGUAGACGAAUUAUAUAAUCACGAAAAACAAAAAAUGUAUUUGAUAAUGGAAUUUUGUGUAGGAUCCUUACAGGGCAUGUUAGAAUCGACACCGAAAAAAAAAUUCCCUCAAUCUCAAGCUUAUGGUUAUUUUUUACAAUUGAUUAACGGACUGGAAUAUUUGCAUAGUAUGAGGGUUGUACAUAAAGAUAUCAAACCUGGUAAUUUACUACUAACCCUCGAAGGAGAUUUGAAGAUAACCGAUUUAGGAGUUGCUGAGACUAUAGAUAUUUUUGCUAAGGAUGACACUUGUUAUAUUGGUCAAGGAUCACCGGCAUUCCAACCACCUGAGAUUGCUAACGGAUUAGAAUCAUUUCCUGGUUUCAAAGUUGAUAUUUGGAGCAGUGGAGUCACUUUGUAUAAUAUCACUACAGGUACCUAUCCAUUUGAAGGUGAUACAAUAUUCAGGCUGUUUGAGACGAUAGGUAAAGGGGAAUUCACGAUUCCCAAAGAAAUUGACGAACCCCUCAGGAGUUUAAUUAUAGGAAUGUUACAAAAAGACCCAGAAAUGAGGUUUAGUCUUCAACAAAUCAAACACCAUCCGUGGUUCACCAGACGUCCCGUCGAUUUUAGCCCUCUUGUACCGGUACCUCCGUUCAAGAAAGAUCCUUGGCACAAAAUGACAGUUUUACCUUAUUUGAUCGAUCAUUAUUAUGACGAUCCUAAUAGUGCCGAUAGUGCCGAACAGUAUAUUACAGAACAUGAAUUAAAUGAAAUGGAAGGGAAAUUCGAUAAUGAAUAUUCGAACGGAAAUGCUAAUUCAAACCAAAGUUCAAGUAAAAAAGAAGGGAAACGUUCAAAGAAAACCGUUUCUUGUAUAUCGGUAAAGAAUUUUCCCGGGUGUAAUCAGUCGUGACGAAUCUUUUCGUUUCUUUUUAUAGCUCUAUUUGUAAUUUUUUGUUAACGACAUAUUUUUGAUAAGAAGUUCUUAGGGCUUAUAUUGAAUACUUUGUUAAUGUUUGUAAUUUUUAUAAUGUUGUUCCGUCAGAUGACUAAGUAUGUUUGUUGUAUUUGAAAAUCGUGUAAAUUGUAACAAAUGUAUUUAAUAUGAGGAUGCAUGAAAGUGCCAUAUUGAAAUUUAGAAAUAAAACCAAUUAAAAUCGAG